AUGGCCACCGCCGCAGUCCGCCGCCUACUCCGUCCCACCUCCUCCACCGCCUUGUCCCGUGCCUGCCGCCUCCUCUCCUCCACCGCUUCUUCACCGCCGAACCGCAGCCCCAACACGAACAGCCCCGUCUCCUUCGACUGGUCCGACGACGACGAGAGUCCCCCCGCACCUCCACCCGCAUCCCCGGCAAAGAACCCCACUCUGCCGCCGCCCUACGACCCCUUCAGCAAGAAGCCCGCCGUGGCAGACCCACCCGACUCCACCAACCUUCAGGAAGUCUUCCACCGGAUGCGCACCGGAGGGCUUACUGACUAUGCCAUCAAGAUGUUCGACGGAUUGUCCAAGGACGGGCUCACGCACGAAGCGUUGGCUCUCUUCUCGAUCAUCAAGGAUAAGGGCGCCAUGCCCGAUGUCGUUGCCCACACAGCCGUCCUGGAGGCCUACGCGAAUGCUGGCCCCGGCCACUGGGGUGACGCCGUGCGGACCUACAAGCGCAUGCUCUCCAGCGGGGUCGCGCCGAAUGCGUACACCAUGGCCGUGCUCGUCAAGGGGCUUGCGGCGAGCGACCGGUGCGCGGAGGCCGGCAAGUACCUGCUGGAGAUGCUCGACCGUGGGAUGCGGCCCAAUGUUGAGACGUGCCUGGCUACCUUUGAGGCGCACGUCAGGAUGAACAAGGUGGAAGAGGGGAAGGCUCUGCUGGAGAUGAUGAAGAAGAAGGGGUUCGUGUUGGACGAGGAGGGGGUGCGCAGCGGCACCGUCAAGCGGGGGCAUGUCUUCAGGGCUGUCAUGAACAUGCUCUUUGGAAAGUGA